AUGCUCCAAGAGAAGGCGUCGGCUGUGACAGACGAAGGCACAACUGUGGCCCCGCCUGCUGGAAUUCCUGAACUCGUGCCUGAGCCCUCCCAUUUGGGCCUGGACUCAACUGAUGGCACCUCCCACAGGAGUGAGCCUGACCAGAACAUUGAGAACAUUAAGGUAUUCCUUCAUGAGCGUGAGCUGUGGAAGAAGUUCCAUGAGGCAGGAACAGAGAUGAUCAUCACCAAGGCAGGCCGGAGGAUGUUCCCCAGCUACAAGGUGAAGGUGAUGGGAAUGAACCCCAAAACUAAGUACAUCCUCCUGGUAGACAUUGUCCCAGCUGAUGAACACCGCUACAAGUUCUGCGACAACAAGUGGAUGGUGGCAGGGAAAGCGGAGCCUGCCAUGCCUGGCCGGCUGUAUGUCCACCCGGACUCGCCUGCUACUGGUGCCCACUGGAUGCGGCAGCUGGUCUCCUUUCAGAAGCUGAAACUCACCAACAACCACCUGGACCCUUUUGGACACAUCAUCCUCAACUCCAUGCAUAAGUAUCAGCCCCGCCUGCACAUCGUCAAAGCUGACGAGAACAAUGCCUUUGGCUCCAAGAACACUGCCUACUGCACCCAUGUCUUCCAUGAGACUGCCUUCAUCUCUGUCACAUCCUACCAGAACCACAAGAUCACGCAGCUGAAGAUUGAGAACAACCCGUUUGCCAAAGGCUUCCGUGGCAGCGACGAGGGAGAUCUGCGAGCGUCCCGUCUGCAGGGGAAGGACUAUCCAGUCAUCUCCAAAAACAUGGUCCGGCAAAGACUGAUGCCCUCACAUGCACACCUGACAGGGAAGCUGGGGGCAGGGGUGCUGUCAGGGCACCCCCAGGUCCAUCCUCACUACCAGUAUGAGAGCGGGGUCCCUCCUACCAACCCCCCGGAGCACCUCGCUAACACUUUCCCCCCCAGCCGGGACCCCAGCCUCCUCUACCACUGUUUCAAACACAGAGAUAAUUCCAGACACGUGGAGUUGGGUUGCAAACGCCCGUACUUGGACACAGCUCCCCCUGCUGUUUUGGAGGACCACUACUUCCGCUCCCCCCCAUCUUACGAGCCACCUCUGCUGUCCCACCCCUACUGUGGGGAGAAGCUGGGAUCCCGGGAGGCCUGCAUGUAUGGGGGUGCCUCUGACGGGGACGGAGGGGUCACGGGUGCAGCGGGCAGCUCCGACGAUCUGCCACCCCCCUCCCUCGGCUGCAGCAUGUGGGCGAGCGUGCAACCAUACCCCCGGUAUGGGGUGCAGACAGUGGAGGCUGUCCCGUACCAGCCCUUUGCUGCACACCUCACCGGGGCGGCAUCCUCCAUGGCGCCGCACCACUCGGCCUUGAUACAGCACCCACAGCCGCCACCCGCUGACCUGGCUGCCUACAGCCCCAUGGCACCCCAGAGGGGCCUGCCGCUCGGGCCUUCCUCCUCGUCCUCUUCCUCCUCCCCCUCCUCCCCGCCCAGCGGUGGCUCACGGGACAGGGCAGCCCAACCCUCCCUCUACCACAGGAAGCCUGCAGAUUUUUCGGCUUUCCCUUCCCAGAACCCCCUGCCGGCGCGGGACCCUACCUACCAGUACCUGGGGCUCAGCAGUGCAGGGGUACACUGGGCUGACAGCUAG